AUGCUUGGAACUUUGAUCAAAAAGUAGCAAGUUUUUUUAAUCAGUUUAGCGUGCAACUGUCACUGUCAAUCAACAAAAUAAAAACAAAAGCCACGUUUUUUUCUUGCGAUAUUUCACACGGUUUUCUUCGGUUGUUACGAAAUAAAAGUUGUUUGACUCUGCUCCACCGCCAUAUCGAUCGUCUUCGGAGCUGCCAACAACAGUGGCGGUGGCUUCAAGUAGUCGAACCCUGUCGAACCGUCUGAAUGCCAUCGCUCCGGCUACACCAAGAAUUGCCGCUCGCAAGGAGAACGUCCUGCGUCUGUGGAAUUAUCGGCUAGAACUUCUACGAGCCCGACGAAUGCAGCAAAACUUCCAGGGGAACUUGAUGAAGGAGAUCAAGCAGCGUCUGCUGACCGACGAUUACGGCAAGCAUGUGAUUGGUGUCGCAAACCUGCUUCGGAGACACGAGCAGCAACUGACGAGCUGGUUCCCCAGGGGCACUUCGGUGCCGAUCGUAUCGACUAGCGAUUCAAGGAGAUCCUGCUUAUGUGGAACAACUUGCAUGACUUCAACGUUUCCCGUCGCAAGCGACUUCUUUCAACUGUUUGCCGAUGCUGAUGAUAUCGAUAACUGGAUGCUGGACGCAAUGCGUCUCGUGUCUUCCGAGGACGUUGGCCGUGACGGAGCGAACGUGCAGAGCCUGCUGAAGGAUGUUGCCGAUAAGCUGUAGAACUACGCCGAAACGAUCGAACGCACACGCUACACACGCAACCGGAACAGCAAAAGGUCCAGGAACGUCUUGCCGCCAUCGAUGCCCGCUACAAGGAGCUCGUGGAACUGAUUAA